GCGGGCGGCGCCGGGGGGGCCGGUGGCGGUGCCGGUGUCUGUGCCGGUCCCGGUGGCGGUGCCGGUGUCUGUGCCGGUCCCGGUGUCUGUGCCGGUCCCGGUGUCUGUCCCGCUGCCCCCACCAUGACCAAGCUGCUGCCGGCGCAAGAGGCGGCCCGGAUCUAUCACACCAACUACGUGAGGAACGCUCGGGCCAUGGGGGUGCUCUGGGCCCUUUUCACCCUCUGCUUCUCCAUCCUGAUGGUGGUGACCUUCAUCCAGCCUUACUGGAUCGGGGACAGCAUCGACACCCCCCAGGCUGGCUACUUCGGCCUCUUCUCCUACUGCAUCGGCAACGCCCUGACGGGAGAGCUCAUCUGCAAGGGCAGCCCCCUCGACUUCGGCACCAUCCCCUCCAGCGCCUUCAAAACGGCCAUGUUCUUCGUCGGCAUCUCCACCUUCCUCAUCAUCGGCACCAUCCUCUGCUUCAGCCUCUUCUUCUUCUGCAACGCAGCCACCGUCUAUAAAGUCUGUGCCUGGAUGCAGCUGGCAGCAGCCACCGGGCUGAUGAUCGGCUGCCUCAUCUACCCCGACGGCUGGGACUCGGGCGAGGUGAGGCGUCUGUGCGGGGACAAGACGGACAAGUACACCCUGGGGGCCUGCACCGUGCGCUGGGCGUACAUCCUCUGCAUCAUCGGCAUCCUCGACGCCCUCAUCCUCUCCUUCCUGGCCUUCGUGCUGGGGAACCGGCAGGACAACCUCCUCCCCUCCGAUUUUAAAGCAGAAAGUAAAGAAGAGGGUGACUGACAGAGCUGACCACCAGGGGCACCUGGAACUCUUCUUCCAUCAGCACUUUUCUUGAAAGUGACUUUUCCAGAAGCUUUAAACUUACCACCAUCUGUGGAUUUUCUACAACUGUUCUUCUCACCUAUGGGGCCACUAGUGGCUCUCAGCUCUGAUGGAGUUGAUUUAUGGGAAGAGCUCCAACUGGACAUAGGUUGGGUUGGUUGGGUUUUUUUCCAGUCCAUCAGCAAAGCUGUGGAUGAGGGGAGGGAUGGGAUUUUGCUGCUUCUUGGGGUUUGUACACCAUCUUUUAUGGAAAUUCCUUCUGAAUAAUCCUAAAAAACAGGGGGUUGGAUCCUGUGCUGGUCUCCUUGUGGCAGGGGAAGUCCUCUGCCAUGUCCCAGGUUGCCCUUGUACAUGAAGAAAUGACACAGCCAAUUCCUAGCAGAGCCAUGGA